AUCAAUGGAGAAUUACAGGAAAAAUUGAAAAGCAAAAAGAUAAAAGAAGUCUAUAAAUCACAUGAUCUCCGUCCUGCUAGUAUAGCAAACAGUAGAAUCCUAUUUGAAUACAAAAAUACUAUUGUCACAUAAUUCUUAAUCCUAGCUAGAAAUUCAAUUUCUCUAUAUAUACGGUUCCGAGCAUAGAACCUAAAGUUUUUGAUAUUGAGACUAUUUUUGUUGGAAGACUUACUAGCUGCUGAUUUUUGUGUUUCUGUUUUAUAUGUUUGUUCUUUAUAUUUUGAGAAUGGAAAUGGGCGCAAAUUACUAGGUUAUUAAUGGACAAGUGAACAAGUAGUCUCGAAACUUCAUCUUAAGGUUUAUAACUUCACCUCUUACAUUCUUAUACUAGGCAAUUUUAUUCAUGUACCAGAUGUAUUAUAAAAUUAAUUUAUGCGAACAUGGUACGCUUCCAUUUUGAUCUUUGUGGGAAUCAUACUAGAGGUGAAAAAUUAAAUCUAAGAAGGCAUGCUCUGCAGAGGAAGACUAAUAUAAUAGCACCCUAUCUUUCUGUCACUUAUAAAAGUAGCUCAAUAUAGGACACACUUAAAUUUAACAUCAUAUUAUCUUAUAUGCUAAACUUCUAGAAAUGCAUGUUGACCAUCUACAUUUUGAUUAUGUCAUGCUCAAAGUUUUUAAAAUUGAGAUCCUACCUUGGAUUGAUGGGAGAUGGUAAAGGAUUGGGAUUGUAGGACCGGAUCGUGAAUUGUGACAUCCUACACUUUGGCACUAGGUCCAAUGUGAGUUGGAUAGUUUAGCCAUGCUUCAUAAUUGGAAAAACGAGCACCAUGGAAAUACAUGCCACUCAGCCAAAGAAAGAUAAUGGAGAGUUGUCAAAUAUGGAAAAUGUCGAAACGGUAAUUCUACAAUUCUUUAAGAAGUUCACUGAUUCUGUCAGCACCGAUCUGCAGUUUGUUAUUGAUGAUAUAUCUGAUGAGGAUACUGCAGUAGUUGGGGUUACCUGGCACCUAGAAUGGAAGGGAAAGAAUUUUCCUUUUAGCAAAGGAUGCAGCUUUUAUCGGUUGGAGGUAGUGAAGGGCCAGAGACAAAUAAUGUGA